AUGCGGCACUUUGCGGGAUUAAAUGCAGAAACGUUAACGGAAUCGAAUGUUGCAUCUUUUGUACAAUGCAUCUUAGAACUGAUAACAAAUUCUGUGAUUGCACAUGCCACAGCAAUCGCAAUAAGAAUUCAUGCGGGGAAACGCGAAGUUCAAGUUAUCGAUAAUGGCGUUGGAAUGUCAAAAGAUUUAUUGCAACAUGUUGCAGAAUAUAAUGACGCAAAAACUGUACACGAUCAGCAACGAAUAUACGAAUUAAUUGAAUCGAACGAUCAAGAAACUACAAUUUGUGCUGCUACUCUUUCUGAUUUAUAUGAAACACAGCCAUUGAAACAAAUAUAUUUGAAGGCAGAAGGAUCUAUUUUCAACAAUAAUAUCAAUGAAUAUAAUAAAAAUGUUAUAUCUUUGAAAGAAAAAAAAGUUGUUACGAUUGGUCUUAAAAGAAAGAGGAUUACAUCAACAAUUGUAACCAACAAACGACAUAAUAAAGAAAGUAAUAAUAUGAAAAUCAUUAAUUGUGCAGAAGAAGAAAACAACGUAUUAAAUAACCAAAUAGAUAUUGCUUCUACAAAACAUACGAAUUUAUGCAAGAAUAAAAUUACAAAGAAGAUGCACAAUGACAUUGAUAGAACGUCAGCAAUUUUCACUAAUCUUGUAGCAACCAAUGAUUUUGUCGAAUCUCGUAAAACUUGCAAUUAUCAUAAUGAUAAUGACAAUGAUUUUGGAAACAUGAUUUCUCCUCUUUCCGAAUGGUCCAAUUGGAGUUAUUAUACAAAUAAUAGAGAACGCAAUUCUGCGAAAAAUGUAUCCGAUAAAUUUUCCAAAAAGGAUAUACGUUUUCAACGGCUUUUUAACUACACGGAUCAAUUUGAUUUUUUGCCACGAAAAUUGCACGGUCUUUUACGCCACCGUCAUGUUAAAUUAACAAACAUGAAAUGCAUUAACAGUCCUAAUAAUACGAUUUCGCCUGCAGAAAACUGGCAACACAAACAAAUAGCGGUGCAUCCUUGUAAUUUGAAGCGAAAACUAUGUGAAUUUAAAUUGUCACGUGUCUCAUUGAAACACAUAAAAAUCAUUAAUCAAGUUAAUGACGAAUUUAUUGCUGCGUGGAUGAUGUACGACGAAAUGAAAAUUCUAUUAAUGAUAGAUCAACAUGCCGUCCACGAGAGAAUACGUUACGAAAAUUUACUUCUUAGAUACAAAGGACAGAACGAAGGCGAAUUCAUCAACUUGCGCAAUCCUUUGACCAUACAAAUUUCUACAAAGACACGCGAUUCACUCCUACGCCGUAAAAUAUUACUGAAAAAGUACGGAAUAAAUUUAGGAUCGUUAAAGGAAAAUACAAAGUUGCUAAUACGCACGAUACCGCAAUGCUUGGUUACGAAUAAUAAUGAUCGUUGCAAUGGCGAAAAAAUAUUGCCCAAGAUUUAUGGUUUAUUGAAUGACAUACUCAAAAACUGUAGUACAACAAGUCGUGCGAACACAUUACCACUAACUAUCCAUAAUGCUAUAGCAUCGGAAGCUUGUCACGGUACCUAUCAGGCAGAUAAUUUUACAAAACGUGCAUGAUUUAUUGUUAAUUGUUAUUAUUAAUAUUGUUAUAUUUUGAAACAUCAUAGAUCUAUUUGCAACUAUUUUAUAGACUCUGUCAUUAUUCUUUCGAAAUUUCUUCAGGUGCCAUCAAAUUUGGCGAUAAACUAACUCUGGAACAGUGUACAUAUCUUAUGAAAUUGCUGAAAUGUACAAAAUUUCCGAAUCGAUGCGCACAUGGACGACCAACUAUAAUACCUGUGAUGGAACUUUCGGAAUUAGAAAAAAGGAGCGCCAGGAUAUCUGAGGUACGUAUAGUAUAUGAUGAUUGCACUUUUUUCCAAUCUUUAUUACAAAGAUAAAUUUAUAUGUGAUUCGAGAUCACAUCACAUUUCUUUUCUAAUAAUUUUAAUUCGUGUAUAUAUUACAUAGAUAAAAACAUGAAAUACUUCUUAUAUAGUAUUAUAACGGAUAUAUAUAUGUAUGUGUGUAAUUCAAACUAAAAGCGGUAUAUAUCUACGAUAUAAAUAUUUCAAUCUACAAAUUUUUUCGAUAUGAGAGUCAUCCGAGCGCUUCUCCUGCGUGCCUACUUAAAUU